GUUUUCAGUUACAUGUGGUCAUUUGAAAAAGCUCAUCUCAGCAUGGUUCAGAUAAUCACAGGACAACUUGUAGAAUCUUUUGAUGAAGAAUUUCGAACACUCUAUGCCAGGUCCUCUGUCCCAAGUUCUUUUGCUCAGGAAGAAUCAGCGAGGGUGAAGCCAGGCAAAGCCUUAUGGGAGAAUGGCAUUUACCAGCGAUCUAUUUCUUCAUUAGCUUCCAUUUCCAGCCAGAGAAACCUUUUUGGCAGACAAGACCAAAUUCAUAAAAUAGAUUCUAGUUACUUUAAAGGCAGAGGGAUAUAUCCACUAAAUGAACAGGACAAACACAGCAUGAGAAAUCAUGGCUACAAGCCUCAUUUUGUUCCGAACUUCAAUGGUCCGAGUGCAAUCCGUCACUUCCAACCCAGUCAGAUCAAUGAAAACUGGAAGAGGCAUAGUUAUGCCGGGGAACAACCGGAAACAACACCAUACCUGCUGCUCAACAGAGCUAUGAAUAGGACCAAUAAUGCUACUGGACGCUGGAGAAGGCCUUCGGACAGUCUCAGUGUAGCAUCCUCAUUACGGGGAGGACAAGGAAGCCAGCAAAAUAUACCUGCUCAGAGUUUUGCUGAUCGGCUUGCCCAGAGAAAAACAACAAAUCUUGCAGAGAGGAAUUCAAAUGUACGCAGGUCAUUUAACGGGACAGAUAAUCAUAUCCGCUUUAUACAACAACGGAUGCCAACUCUGGAGAAUACCACAAAGUCUUUCCUGCGGAGCUGGAGAAUUGAAUCGUACUUAAACGAUAAUUCAGAAACCCCACCUGAUUCAAAUGGCUCCACCCUGGGUGACAGAUUUGAAGGCUACGAAAGUCCUGAGACAGUGAAAGCCAAUGCACUCUAUACUCAUUCGAGACUCCGCUCCUCGUUUGUGUUUAAACCAACUUUACCGGAACAAAAAGAAGUCAAUAGCUGUACAACUGGCUCCUCAAAUUCCACCAUCAUCGGUUCUCAAGGAAGCGAUACACCUAAGGAGGUCCCAGAUAGUUCCACAAAUGCACCGCUCUUGACAGAAAAACCUUUGCCUGAAUCAAUCUCCAAGCUCCCAAUACAGUCAGAGGAACCAAAAAUGCACAGCUUACAGGUUCCUGAAAAGCAACCAGAAGUCUUAAACCAAAGAACAAAUGGCCUAGCAGAAUUAAACAACUGUAUCUAUACAAAUCUGUGUGUCAAUAAGCAGACGGAGAACUCAAAAAAUCAGCAAAAUGACAAUCUACUCAAAAGGCGGAGUUUCCCAUCCUUUGACCACUCAAAAGUCAAUUUAGAGCAUGGAAAUAGCAAGAAUUAUGUUUAUAGUACCCUUACCAGAAAUCGAAUUCGACAACCAGAAAAACCCAAGGAGGAUGUGCUGAAGAGUUCUAAAAGCAUGCACAAUGUGACCCACAGCAUAGAGGAGGACGAGGACGAGGUUAUCAAAAGAGACCCUCCAAGUGCCUCUGCCACCAAAUCUAUUUCCAUUGCUGCUUUGCUUGAUGUGAAUAAGGAAGAGCCCAACAAAGAAGUUAAUUCUAAAAAGGAUGGCAAAGCCUCCCCAAGUUUUUUGAAAAAGGGGUCUCAGAAAUUAAGGUCCUUACUUAGUCUCACCCCAGAAAAGAGAGAAAACCUGGCUAAAAACAAGGCGUCCGCGUUUUACAGAAUGUGUAGUAGCUCUGACACUUUGGUUUCUGAGGGUGAAGAGAAUCAAAAGCCAAAAAAAUCCGAGCCCAAAGUUGAUUCAUCUCCCAGAAGAAAGCGUUCCUCCUCGUCAAAUUCUCAAGGCAGCAUCCACAAGAGCAAGGAGGACAUAGCGGUUAGCAUAUCUCCAGGGCUAAGUUCCCAAGCAGAGGAAAAUAGAAGAAUAGCUCCUUCUCCAAGGCCCAUUGAGAGGAGACUUUCAGAGAGAGCUGGAGAUGCCUCUGCCCCAAGAUUUAAUACUGAACAGAUCCAGUACCGUGAUUCCAAAGAGGUCAGUGCAGUCAUGACCCCUGCCAGACGGCCAACCUCUUCUCCAGUGCUAAAGCCCAGUGAGCUCCUGAGAUCUCAUUCAACCAACCAGCGAGUUUACAGUCGAUUCGAGCCAUUUUGUAAGAUUGAGAGCUCUAUUCAGCCAGCGAACAGCGUUACAAAUACACAUGUCAACCGCCCAGAAGUCAAGUCCACAACCAUGGGCAGCGGUUAUGGCAGGUCCAGCCCGAUGCUGAAUUAUAAGACUGGCGCUUAUCAUUCAUACGCCCCCAAUGAAAACAAGUUUCGAGGAUUUAUGCAAAAGUUUGGAAACUUCAUACACAAAAACAAAUGAAAUACUUCCAUUUCAAAUUGAAAUUGAAAUAUAUAAUGAAUGUCCUGUAAAUAUUUGCCCAAAGAACACUCUGCACUUUUUUUUUUGUAUCAUGCCAAGAGUGUUCUGUAUGAGAAUUGGGGAAAUGUAUAGCAGUAUACAGAAAAGUUAUUGUUUUGUGUUGAAAUUAGUUGCAUUUGGUUACCCCCAAAAGGACUAGCCCAGUAAACACAUUAAAAUUUAUUUUAAAUGGCAAUAGAUGGGA